UUUUAAAAACAAAAUUACUGCUCAUAAAUCAUCAUUGAUACUUUACUUAAACAUAGAUUAAAUAUAGACCACACAUAUUUUGUGCUAAAUAAAACUUAUAGUAAAGUAUAAACGUAAAUCAUGUUGCGUUCCACAAUAUAUACUGCCAGUUGAAUUGUGUGCAUCGGGUAUUAUGACAUCAAAAAUCGAAUGUGUUAUUAAACAAGCUAUAACCACUUUUUCUGGUUCAUAUACAUCAAAGGCUUUUCACGAUAAUUUGAUUAAAUUGAAACGUAAUGCCAAUGAAUUGGAUGCACGGUCAAUUGGCUUAGAUUUUAGAUUGUUGCGAUGGGAUACAUAUGAAUUGAACAACAACCUGGAUAAAUUGUCUGGAUCCUCAUUUAUACGCCGUCAUCAAGCUCCUGUUACUUACAUUGAAGUGUUUGAAGAUGAAAACGUAUCAAUUGGAGUGUUUGUGUUAAGAGAUGGUGCUAAAAUACCUUUACAUGAUCACCCUUACAUGUAUGGUGUGUUAAAAGUUAUUUAUGGUAAAGUCAAAGUACAAAGUUAUACACCCGUGGAUAAGGAUUAUAGUCAAUUAAAUGACUGUAACAUCAGUGCAAUAAAACUAGCUCCAAUUAUUGUUGGAGAAACAGAUGAUCCGUGUGUGCUGUGUCCAGUAGAGGGAAAUAUUCAUCAAGUGGAUACUAUUGACGGUCCAGCUGCAUUUGUUGACAUAUUAGCUCCUCCAUACAAAACUGAUAUUCCAGAAGUAGGGAAAAGAUGUUGCAGGUACUUUAAAGAAGUAAAUAUAUCGGAAGAUAUAAAAUUAGCCAUUGUAUCAGAUCCUAGAGAUUACUGGAGUGAUACAGCUCCAUAUACUGGACCUCAAUUUGGUAUACGUUUUGAGCCGAAAACUUAAUUGUUACAUUCUGCAAAUACUUUUAUACAUCAUUUAAAAUAAAAUAAUAUUAUUUUAUGACUACUA